CGUUAGGAACAGCAUUUGAGAUGACAGCAGUGGAGAAGAUUGAGGAGCAGCUUGCUAGUCUGAGCAUAGCAAAACGUUCUGUGCUACUUGAGGAGCCUGCCUACUUGCUGGAUAUAGACGUUUCCAAACCAGCUCAAUCCGAAAGCAGUCGCUUUGUGGCAGUUUCAUGUUCUAAUAAGUCAAUAAGGGUCUAUAACAGGGAAACAUUAAGCUUCCUGCGGGAGUACAGUAGCCAUCCUGGGAUACUUAAUGGAGUCCGAUUUGCACACACGUGUGACAGCACAGUGUUUUCAGCAUGCAGUGAUGGUACAGUGAAGUGUUGGGAUAUUCGUUUAGCAACUCAGAAAGCUGUGCAGGUAUUCCAUGGCUAUCCUUCCAACGUUUUCAUCAGUUUUGAUAUCAGCUGCAGUGAUGUCAUACUUUGUGCUGGAACAGAAAAAGUUGAAAAGGACACAUUUCUGGUGUUUUGGGAUGCAAGAGGCAUUGCAAACUGCGCCAGCACAAGUAAAGAACCCUUGGGAGUCUACUCUGAAAGUCAUAAUGAUGAUAUUACUAAAAUUUGCUUUCAUCCUAUCGAACCCAAUUUGGUAGUUUCUGGGUCAACCGAUGGGUUGGUUAAUGUGUUUGACAUUAACAAGGAUAAUGAAGAUGAUGCUUUGGUAUCAACUUGCAACUCAGAUUCAUCAGUAAGUUUUAUUGGCUGGGCUGGGAAAGAUCAUAAACAGGUCUACUGCGUGACACAUGAUGAGGGAUUUUGUUGGUGGGACAUAGGUCAGGUAGAUACCGAAGACCCAAUAACACUAUUGCAUGUUGUGGAUGUCAGAGAGGCAGUCCGUCCUGAGAACGACAGCUUGCAUUACCUGGUAGGUGGCUUGUACCACGAGAAGGCAGACAAACUGUUUCUUAUUGGAGGAACAUCCAGCGGACACAUUCACCUCAUGAGCUGCAGCAGCGAUGGCCUGAGCCCGGUGGGUGCCCUUUGCAGAGGACACUCUGCUCCUGUUCGCUCUUUCUGCUGGAACCUGGCAGAUGAGUCUCUGCUGACGGGUGGAGAGGAUGCGCAGCUGCUGCUAUGGAAACCCGGCGCUGCGGAAGGGGCCCUCGCGAAGAAGGCGUCUAUGAAGAUUGCGUCUUCUGUGCACAAGAGAGUGAGAGUUCACAAGAGCUCCCUCAAAAGCAGGAAAAGGUGA